GCGAUGCUGAAUGAAGCUGCACAACAGAGAACUUCUCUGUGCACUCAACGCAUUCAGGAAGUGUAGCAGAUAGAGCAACAAACUUGUGAGCUAACAGAUUCAGAGCGAGACGUCUGCUCAACUCGGGCCACCUUCUCGCCGGCACAUUGUGCGUUGCAUAUAAGCCCCCUGAUUUUGGCAGGUUAAGAGAUCCUAGGCAGUGGCUGCAGGGCCAGUUCACCGGAACAAAUUGAACGCUCAUUGUCCGGCCGCUUCGAGACAACCCCGAGUGAGCAGCUCGGACUCAACAUCCAUUCCGAACCCAAACGUGCCCAUGGCACCAAGCGGAGAAGUCGACGUUCAGGGUGCUGCCACAAGGAGCGCGCUUCCCAGAGGCCAGCCUCGCGCUGAGGGACCAGCAUGUGUGUUGGGCGUCGGCACUGCGGUGCCUCCCGCGGAGUUCCUGCAGAGCGAGUACCCCGACUUCUUCUUCAACAUCACCAACUGCGGCGAGAAGGACGCCCUGAAGGCCAAAUUCAAGCGCAUCUGUGACAAGUCGGGGAUCCGCAAGCGCCACAUGUUCCUCACGGAGGAGGUGCUCAAGGCCAACCCCGGCAUCUGCACGUACAUGGAGCCCUCCCUGAACGUCCGCCACGACAUCGUCGUCGUCCAGGUCCCCAAGCUCGCCGCGGAGGCAGCCCAGAGGGCCAUCAAGGAGUGGGGCGGCCGCAAGUCUGACAUCACCCACAUCGUGUUCGCCACCACCAGCGGCGUGAACAUGCCCGGAGCCGACCACGCCCUGGCCAAGCUGCUGGGCCUGAAGCCCACGGUGAAGCGGGUCAUGAUGUACCAGACCGGGUGCUUUGGCGGUGCUUCCGUGCUCAGGGUGGCCAAGGAUCUGGCGGAGAACAACAAGGGCGCCAGGGUGUUGGCGGUGGCCAGCGAGGUCACGGCCGUCACAUACCGCGCACCCAGCGAGAACCACUUGGACGGCUUGGUGGGCUCGGCCCUGUUCGGCGAUGGCGCCGGAGUGUACGUGGUGGGAUCCGAUCCCAAGCCGGAGGUGGAGAAAGCACUGUUCGAGGUGCACUGGGCGGGCGAGACGAUCUUGCCAGAGAGUGAUGGAGCCAUUGAUGGGCAUCUGACGGAGGCGGGGCUCAUCUUCCACCUCAUGAAGGACGUGCCAGGGCUGAUCUCCAAGAACAUCGAGAAGUUCUUGAACGAGGCCAGGAAGUGCGUCGGUUCGCCCGAUUGGAACGAGAUGUUCUGGGCGGUGCACCCGGGAGGCCCGGCCAUUCUGGACCAGGUGGAGGCGAAGCUGAAGCUGACCAAGGACAAGAUGCAGGGGAGCAGGGACAUACUGUCGGAGUACGGCAACAUGUCGUCGGCGUCGGUGUUGUUCGUGCUGGAUCAGAUUCGCCAGAGGUCGGUCAAGAUGGGGGCGUCGACGCUGGGAGAGGGCAGCGAGUUUGGCUUCUUCAUUGGAUUCGGUCCGGGGCUCACCCUGGAAGUGCUGGUCCUCCGGGCCGCGGCCACCGUUUGAGCGGCGUCCUAAUGGCGUUGUUCGACCGUGGUGACUAUUUGGAAGGUCAUUUGUCAUUGUACCCUCCGAAUCGAGGUCUAGAGAGCGCCCCUUGGUACAUUAUUCUGAUUAGAAGCUACCUUGACCGUUUCGUAGUUGAUUUUUUGCAUCAGGGCUUUCUCUGUCAUUUCAGUGAAGUUAAGCCGCAGAUAUCCAUUCCAUCCAUUCAAAUCACGCUACUCCGAAGAAAUUAUAGAUAGUGUAAACUGUAUCAUAAUUCAAUACCCUGUCACGAGUUAAAGUUACAAUUUUUUUUGUCAUGUCCCCGAAUUCUUGGAGGAGGAUUGUUCCAAAUGGA